AUGAGCUGGAUCUUCGAUACUAUGCAGGCAUGGAUCCGGCAAAAAGAGAGGCUUGUCAAGGACCCUGCCCUCAAGGAGCGGCUCCAGUGCGAUGUACAGCCUCUCGACGACGGCCUUUCGAGCAUCCUGUGGGUAGGAAAUCGCCACAAGGCCCGCAAGAUAGUGCUGUAUCUCCACGGAGGAGGCUUUCAGAUGCCGAGCAUAGCCGGUCACUUUGAAUGCGUCUGGAACUCAUACGUGCUCUCGGGGGUAGAAUCAGAGACUGAAGUCGCCGUUGCCUUUUUGCAGUAUUCGCUCGCUCCCAUAUGGAGAGCUCCCGUGCAGCUCCGCCAGGCAGCCGCCGCUCUGUCCGAGAUUCUCGAUGCAGGCUUCGGCGCCAAGGAUAUCGUCGUAGGCGGCGAUUCUGCCGGUGGAAAUUUGACGGUGCAGCUGCUCCAUCACCUAAUCGAGCCCCAUGCUGAGGUUGCCCGCAUCGUAUUACAGGAGCCUCUGUCAGCUGCCUUUCUGAUAUCGCCGUGGCUCGGUAUGGACACCUCUGCUGCCUCCUUUCGAGAAAAUGAUCUUUAUGACAUGAUUUCAAUGGAUAUCCUGCGCUCUCUUGCUAUCGUUAUUCCGCCCGGUGGAGAUGGGACGAGCAUAGAUGAAAAGGGCCCAGACAGCUGGGCGGAGCCUUUGGAAUGCAAAGGACCGUGGCUAAACAAGCUGGGCAGCGCUGUCGGGAAAAUUUACAUCACGGUCGGUGAUCGGGAAAUCUUGGCUGAUCAGGGCAAGCUGAUGGCAAAGACAGUGACUGCCAUGCAAACAGGAGUGGAGGUGACUCUCGAGAGCAACCCCAAGGCAGCCCAUGAUUUCUUGGUCGUCGAGGGACUGUUUGGGCAUAUUGGAGAGGAGACUAUCAAGAUGAAGCAGUGGUUCAAGUCUGCAUUGAAGAAGGCGAACUGA